GCGCUCAGCUGUGCGGUAAACAGCGGCGGCGAGCGGCUGCGGACUGAUGCCGAAAACAGCGCGGGCUCGACGGUCAUCAGGAGGAGACAUGCACGCUGCAGCCGCCCACAGACCCGCGGACACCCUGAGCAACAGCCUGCGGCACUGAUGAAGCCUCCUCUGCCGGAGCCACAGCGGGCCGAAGGGCGGAUAGAGGAGAGAGAGGAUGUACUGGCGCGUGGGCUUCGGCUGGAGCCGCUCGUGCGCGCUUGAGCUCGGCCGGAACAGGAGCUUCUCCCUCGGCCUCUGCAGGUCCGACGAGCAUAUGUCUUUGCAUGGGUUCAUCAUCGCCUACCCGCUGCAGGAGUACGGGGGGAUCAUGUCCGCGCUAGGGGUCGACUCCUGGUGGAGGAAAACGCUCUACAUCACCGGGGGCGCGCUGCUCGCCGCCGCUGCCUAUUUACUACACGAGCUGCUUGUCAUUAGGAAGGAACAGGAGUUGGACUCUGAAGACACCAUCAUUCUGCAUCAGUUUGCCCGGCCCAAAACUGGGGUCCCAAGCCUGUCACCCUUCUGCCUGAAGAUAGAGACGUACCUGCGCAUGGCUGACCUGCCCUAUCAGAACUACUUUGAUGGCCAGCUGUCUCCUCAAGGGAAGAUGCCUUGGAUUGCGUAUAAUAAAGAGCAGGUUUGUGGGACGGAGUUUAUCAUCGACUUCCUGGAGGAGCAGCUCGGGGUGAACCUGAACUCCAGCCUGAGUCCUCAAGAAAAAGCCAUCUCACGCGCCAUCACCAAAAUGGUGGAGGAACACUUUUACUGGACAAUAGCGUACUGUCAGUGGGUGGACAAUGUAGAGGAGACCCAGAAGAUGUUGUCCACGAACGGGCCGCUGAGUGACCUGCUCCGGCAGAUCCUCAGUCAGGUGACCGGUGGUAUCGUGAAGAGGGAGAUGUACGGCCAUGGCAUCGGACGCUUCUCCAGAGAUGAGGUUUAUAAGCUGAUGGAGAAAGACAUGCGCACACUGGCCACCCUUCUUGGCAAUAAAAAGUACCUUAUGGGUCAGACGUUUUCCACAGUGGAUGCUGCUGUAUUCGGUCAUCUUGCCCAGGCCAUGUGGACUCUUCCAGGAACACGUCCAGAACAGUUAAUCAAAGGUGAGUUCAUAAACCUAGCCAUGUACUGCGAGCGAAUCCGUCGCAAAUUCUGGCCUGAGUGGUUUGUGGAUGUGGAUGACCUUUACUACGACGGGCUGAGCGAAGAGCCGGAUUCUCCCUCCCAGCUCCAGGAUUUGGGUCUGCACUCACGCAGUUUCCAGGAGCAGGAGAGCAGCGUUUCUCACCAGGACACGCUGUCACCGGACAGCGACAUCACCGGGCGCUCUCUGUGUGACUCUGAUAUGGACACCGAAUGCUCAGUCUCAGAGGCGGAGCUACUGAAGUGAUGACCUCACCCUUUUUGAUGAUGUGUCUGCACGGGCCCCGCCCCCCCCCAUUUAUUGUCCCAUACCCUUUAUUAGGGGAUGGGCUGGUCAGGAACAGUAGCGUAUUUUUCCUGGAAGGAAUUCUGAUGAUGUUAUAGAGGAUUUUUAUUGAUUGAAGCAAAAGCCAGACCAGAGGGAAGUCAGGAAGACGUGCUGAAUAUUGGAGUGAAUGAUGCAUCAGCUGAAUCACUCCUCCUGUGGAUGUGACAUCAUCACCUGUGACCACUUCCCAAUCACUGCGUGUGUUUGUAGCUAGACUGCAUUUUUCUUACAUUCUCCCGGGAUUUGGUAUUGUAUGGGUAGUCCGACUGAAAUGACUAAAGAGUGUGUAGAUAUACUUACUGUAUGAAGUGAAGCGGCUCAAUUUUUGUGGUCAAUUUACAGUUCAUGCCCUGUUCUAUUCUGUCAAACCUAUAACUAGUGAUAAUUUUAUUUUCUUUAAAGUGUCGCAGAUUUCCCACUGCUAGAUUAAUGGUUAUAAUAUGGCCGUUUAUGCAAUGCAUUGAUGAAUAGUUCACCCAAACAAAUGAAAAGAUUUUGAAUAGUUUCUUGUCUGCAUGACU